AGCCCGCCGUGCACACUCAGCUCUUUCCCAGCCCCGGCUAUUUAAAGCCAGCGGAGUGCUCAGAGCCCUCUCCCUCCCCCAGCACCGCCGAGCCCUUGGACUUUCCUCCCGCAGGACCAUGAGCGCCCACCCGGCCGCAGCACCCAUCUUCGCGGAUGGCGAGGACUGCCGGCAGGCCUGGCGGGGGGCAACGGCCGCCUACGAUGCCCCGGACGCCCACCUGGAGAUCCUGGGGAAGCCGGUGAUGGAGCGCUGGGAGACCCCCUACAUGCACUCGCUGGCGGCCGUGGCCGCUUCCAGGGGCGGCCGCGUGCUGGAGGUGGGCUUCGGCAUGGCCAUCGCCGCCUCCAAGGUGGAGGAGUUUGCCAUCCAGGAGCACUGGAUCGUGGAGUGCAACGAGGGCGUCUUCCGGCGGCUGGAGGAGUGGGCCAGGACGCAGCCACACAAGGUGGUGCCACUGAAGGGGCUGUGGGAGGACGUGGUGCCAACGCUGCCGGACGGGCACUUCGCUGGAAUCCUGUACGACACCUACCCGCUGUCGGCAAAGACCUGGCACACGCAUCAGUUCGCCUUCAUCAAGGACCAUGCCUUCCGCCUGCUGCAGCCCGGCGGGGUCCUCACCUACUGCAACCUCACCUCCUGGGGCGAGCUGCUGAAGACCAAGUACACCGACAUCGAGAAGAUGUUUGAGGAGACCCAGGUUCCGCACCUGGUCGAGGCCGGGUUCAAGAAGGAGAACAUCAGCACCACGGUCAUGGACCUCGUCCCCCCCAAGGACUGCCGGUACUACUCCUUCCACAAGAUGAUCACCCCCAGCGUGGUGAAGCACUGAGCGCUGCCCCGGAAAGCACGAGGAGGAGGAGGAGCUGAUGAAGCACCAAGGAGCGCACAAAUUCGCUCUCCUCUCCAAUCCCUCAAUUCAGCAGGAAUUCCAGAGCUCGGCUCUGAGCAUUCAGCCACAGGGGUUCGAGCACUCGUUUGCUCUAAAAUACCGAUCAUUUUUUUAAAUCAUGGGGUAGCUUUCGGAGCUCAAGACAAAUAAUCUAAACAAGGCAGGAGAAAUGGGGAGAACCAGGCAGUUUGAGGCAGAUUUGUUAGAAUUGGAUUUCGACUGCUCCCGAAGCAACUUUCCAGUGAAGUUUCCUCAUAUUUUUGGCUAAUGUCUAUUUUAAUAAGUUCUGAUUCUUUUGACCCUCUUGCAGUUCAAUAGCACAUAAAUGAUGUUUCCUUUCUCUACCCAGAGGGGAUAAAAUCCAUUAAAACAGAAUGCAAUACACAA